AGCGUAGUGUUAAGUGGUGAGCACCGUCUCUGAUGGAGCUCUCCUCCCCACCAUGGGUAUCCGAAGAGUGGCAAGGGGCUUCGGGCUUGACGGCGAUGGGCGAAUCCUUGUCGCGGCAAAGGGUAGUCCGAGAGCUGACGCUUACACUCAAGAACGGGCUACAGAAUCUACGUGCGGAGUACCCGUAUCUGCGGCGAGAGGGUUUGGCAUCAAUUGCACGCUUGGUUAGCUUGGCUUCGCGCUCGCAGGAGUGGACCACAAUUUUCUGGGAAAGUCAGAACUAUGGAGAGUUCCAGAUUGUUCCCGCCUUGUUCGAAAAAUCUCUUUCGGCCGGCUGUAAGGGGUGGCCAUCGCCGCCUGUCUUGGACCCUAUCUCCUGUGAACCCCCAAUGCCCACUUUCAUUCCGCCUGACGAUGAAGAGGUCGCCCUUGCGUUGUCUGUGCUCGAGGGAGUAUGCAUCCUCGACCCGACCAGUCGGCUGCUUUGUGUACAGGUUUCGGCAGUUAAACGGUUGACUGAUUUGCUGUCGCUCGCUAAUCCGUCCGUCCAGUGCGGCUCGCUUGCCGCACUUUUGUCUCUUCUCUUGGACUGCUACAUCAACCAAAAGGAGUUUCUGAGAUGCAAGGGCUUGGAGAAGGUUGCACGAAUUCUGAAGGGCCGGCAAGGAUACCGAGCCACCCGCCUGAAGUGCGCCGAGUUCUUCCAGCUGUUGUUUGGACAUCAGGUGCUGCCACAGGGCACGGAAAAUGGAGGCAGAGGGGCGGAGACAGGACAGAGGGGAGUUUUCUUGUCAGACCCUGCCAAGCAACCGCAGGCCGAGUUGCAGACACUUCUAGGGCAAGAAGCGAUUCAGCUUCUUGCAAAGCCCGUGGAUAUUGAAAGGAGAUCGCAGGAGCAGCUGGACAUUGGCGACGAUCACAUCACCUUUGCCGAUAUUAGUGCCAGCCACCACAAAGUACCACAGCGCGAGAACCAGGGGCAGAGAAGAUUGAAAGCCGAGAGCGGUUCUCCGUUUGCAAAGAAGUUUGGUUCCCAGCGAGUGAGGGCAUGGAGAGAAAUGCAGGUGCUAUGUGGUGGAGAGCGCGGAGGGGUUGGUGUUGUCAUUUCAUUAGCUGACUGGACUGAGCAGACGGUGGGUUUGGCAGUCUUAAAGGAGGUGGAGACCCUUGAGAGGCAGUUGGUGCCUUUGGUGGGUAAAAAGGGAGGCAACUUCUCCACGCGGCAGAAGUACUUCCAGUUGGUGCGUAAAAACGGGUUGCGACGAUCGGAACUGGUUCUGAGGUAUGGUUUGGAGAUGCUGAAGAAUGCGAAAGACAGAUUGAGACUCGACAAUGACCUGCGGAACGCAUAUGAGCAAGUGGGUAUCGCCGCUGUCGAUUGCGGCGACCUGGAUGCGUGUAUGGCGUGCUACAUGGAAUUAGCGAAGCGCUUCCCUGGGAGCACCAGGGUUCGCCUUCUCGAGGGUCUCAUCUUUGAAGCGAAAGGGUUUUGGUCAAAGGCUGACGGCUUGUAUAACGAGUUGAUGGACUUAGCCCCUGACAAUCAACAGCUGUAUAAGCGGAAUAUCUCAAUCGUGGAAGCGCAGGGAAAUCUGGCAGAGACUGGAAAUGCUCAACACCUACACCUAUCUUUUCCUCUUGAAGGGAGACAUGGAAGCAUGGAGAAAACUCGUCAAUGUCUACACUACCGUGCAGAUGUACAAGCAAGCAGCCUUCUGUUUCGAAGAGCUCGUUCUGUCGGUUGUCAGACCGACAGAACCCUUUUUUUCACCUUGGCUAUGCUGACCUAUUGUACACAAUAGGGGGAGUGGACAAUUACAGCGCGGCAAAGGGUUACUACUGUACUGUGGUUGAAUUGACCAAGGGGAAAAAUGUUCAUGCACUGUAUGGAAUUUGCCUCUGCGCGGUGGCGAUUAGCAGUUCGAAAGGUGGAAGAUCGAAAGAGAUUGGAGAGGCCUUCUCCCUGGCUGGCUUCUGGAGUUCCUGCCGAGUACAAAUCGCUGUGUCCAGCAAUAGAGCCCCUUGUCACUUCGGUAUUCCGAAAGAAGGCUGCUGAUUCGUUCUCCCGUUGUAACAGCUCAGGUUUCAACUUAUGACUCUGUUCUCUCUUUCCCCCCCUUUCUCUUCGUCAUUCAGGAUUCAAUCUAUUUGUUGGUAUAUUUAAUAAUACGUGUAUUCUUUGCUGAGAGAGUAUUACAUCUUCCAGUCUUGCUGUGUGUCUGUUGAGAUAGAUAGAUAGAUAGAUAGAUAGAUAGAUAGAUAGAUAGAUAGAUAGAUAGAUAGAUGAUAGGUAGAGAGAGAGAGAGAGCAAACAAUACGUACAGACGUGGUGAUCGUUGUGUUGCUUGGGAUGCUCUGGGAAUCCCAAGCAACGAAAGGGAGGGGAGGAGGGGACAUUAGUGUUCUCGGAUAGCAUUUGACAGUGGAGCAAAAGAAAAGGAGAAAGAACUAAAGGGAGCAGGGGACAUUA